ACCGAAUCCGAAUAAAUAUUUGGUUUAAAAAAAAAAAAAAAACAUCUAAAUUAUGGCAUUAUAAAUGAGCCCAGACAUUUCUGAUAAGAAUAGUGGUCAAAUAUUCCAUCAGAUAAUGGUGGGUGUGUGUGUAUGACAAUUUGAGCCAAGUGGUUAUUUGAGAAAAAUGUAUGAUGAAUUCCAAUGUUGCACUUUUUAACAGCAGUGUACUACUAGUCUGUCACAAAGACAGUUUGUCCUCAUUUGUUUUGCUUAAUCUAAAAAAAAGACAGAAAAAUCUACGUUGACCCCAGAGAGCCAUUCGUUAAAAACGUGGCAGACAGUUGAUCUACAGAAGGAUGAUGCAUCUUUCAGUUUUUUUUUACUUUUUAUAAGUUAGAAAGAUGUGAUGCUCUUCUGCUUCAGAUGCUUUAAAAUAUUUGUAGCAUUUCAAGUCAUCUUGGACAACAUCUCAUGUUUUCCAUCCAAUUUCAUAAGAAAAUAAAAUUAAUCAAGUGAUAUCUGAUUAUGUAUUUUAGAGCAGCUGUUUAUUUGUGAAAUUUUCUAGGAUGCUUCUGUUUGUAUCUCUCGAGUGCAUGAGGACUGAGUGGGCUGGUCUGAAAUAAAUCUUUCAGAACCCCUAAAGCCAACUGACUCCCACUAUCUACUAUAGGUUCUCCAGGUUUCCCAAAUGCUAAAAUCCUAUCCCAUGUCAAAGGUUUUAAAUAUGAGCGUAACUCCACAAUUUGGAUAACUUGCCAGUAGUUGAAACCCGCUCGACCUGCCGACUGGCUCCUCAUUAUGAAUUCUCUUCGUCUGCAUUUUUAAACCAAUCGGUUUCUAUUCAACUGAGAUCAAUUCUGCAUUUUGUUGGUUUCAGUGUUUCUCGACAUGAAGCUGGACACGUUUUCUUUUUACCUAAAAACUGCAGAUUUAUAAAUCAACAUUGGAACAUGAUUGCCUUGCUGAGCAAUAAAUGGAACCCAAUUAGCUAUGCAAAUAUUUCAAAUGUUUUGUGUAAAAGGCUCAACAAAAGCACAGAGAACUGCAAUUAUGUUGGAGCAUUCAGAAGUAUAAAGCAAUGUUUGCAAAAAAAUUACAAGUAAGAGCUGCAGAAAAUGCUAGUGAUGUUUUUAAACAACAACCUCCCUGAAUAUUUGAAGCAGUAGAAUAAUCUCACAUUAUUCUACUGAAUCCCACAAUUUUAGCUUAUUCAGUGGAGGGGGGAAAAUCCCACAUUGAGAAAUAUUUGUUGAACCCCCCACCUUGUUCCAAUAUGACACCAGUUCUUCUCCUAUUAGAUUUCACAAUGUUGGAAAAGUCUGGAAUGGAUUACCGACAGUUAUUUGGACAAUCUAGAGAGAUUAUGCAGAUUCCUGCAUCUUCCCUCAUGUUGUCUUCUCAGGUUUUCUUAGGACAUGAAAGCGGCUUCAAUUUGAUUCUGAUUAACAGUUUGUGUUUUUGAUUUGGCCACUUGUUUUGGAUCAUUAUCAUUAUGACCAGUUUUACGACAGAUUAAUUUUAAAUCUCCCCCCUUGCUGUGUGACCUUUUCUGCACCUUUGGACUUUCCCUGCAACUCUGUUGCAAUUGCGCAUGGCCUUGAAAAGUAACUGUGCAGGGACAUUUCAUUAUUUACACAAUAAGUAAUGAUUAGAUCACCAGAUUUGACCCCUUAAAUGACAGUAAUUUGCAAGUGACCAUUACUGGAGCAGUCUAGUUGAUCCUUAACCGGAAUACCGCAGUAUUUAAACCGUCAUGUUCUCAUUCUGUUUUAUUUUAGCAAUGAAGUUCUGUGUUGCUGCUUUUCUCUUCCUGGCAUUCUUCUGCCACAGCAGUUUUUCCUGUCCAGCUUUGUGCAAAUGCUACCCCACAAGUGUGGAAGUCGUUUGUAGUGAAGUUCCUCUGACGGAGUAUCCAUCAGCAGGUCUUCCAGAGAACACCACCAUGCUGACAAUUCAGCUGACAAACAUCACCUCCAUAUCGGAACACCACCUCAAAGCAACGCCACUUCUGAAAGAGCUACAUCUGUAUGGGAACCAGCUUCAGAGCCUCUCGUCUCAUUUACUCAGAGGCGUUCCUCAGCUGCAUACGUUGGAUCUGACCGGAAACGAGCUGAGUGAUCUGCCUGUAGACGUCUUCAGCGAUGCUCCGCUUCGAAACUUGGUUCUUAAGAACAAUCGGAUUAAGCGGGCAGAUCCAAAGUGGCUUCCUCAUAACAGCAGCUUGACCUGGUUGGACCUCUCUGAAAAUCAUCUAACAGAGAUCCCAGUUGGUUUGCUUCAGAGGCUCCCUCACCUAGACAAUAUUGACUUGUCCAACAACCGACUGGAAAAGAUACCACCAAACUCCCUGGACCAUCUGACUAAACUCGAGAGGCUAAACCUGCAAAACAACAAGCUUGAGACUUUGGAUGCGUCUGUUUUCCAGUUCACACACAACCUCACUUCUCUGUUGCUCUCUCAAAACAAGCUCACCAAACUCCCACAGUACCUCUUCCAGGGACUCACCAGACUCACACAUCUCAGUCUGGAUGACAACCAGCUCAGCCACAUCCCCAAAGGUUUCCUUGACUCGCUGAGCUCCCUUGAGGAAGGCGGACUGGACCUGUCUGUCAACCCACUACUUUGUGAGAGGGAAGUAGAGUACCUGUGGAGGUGGCUCCAGAGGAACAAGAAGAAGGUUUUGUUGGCAGACAACAUCACCUGUGCAUUGCCUGAGACUCUCGCAGGGCACUCAGUAAUUUCCCUUACAGAAAACGAUCUGAACACUGGGUCUCAGCCUUCUUGUUUCCCUGCAGAGAUGAAGUUGUUGCUCCUGGUCACUUUCAUUGCACUAGCUGAAUUUGACUACAAAAGAAGCAGCGCUUACUCGUGUCCGGACCGAUGCUCGUGCUCUUCUGAGCCUUCAGCUGCUGAGGUGGUGUGCAGCAAAGGUGGCCUCACAGAUUUUCCUAGAACUGGUUUUCCUGCCAACACCACACUAAUAUCCAUCCAAAGCACACACCUCAGCAGCGUCACUGCCGGCGAUCUGAGCGCUGUGCCGUUCCUAAACAAGCUGCAGCUCUAUCACACCAAUCUGGCAAACCUUUCCUCAGAUCUAUUGGUCUCCGUAUCCCACUUGGACACUUUGGAUCUCACAGGAAACAAGCUAGCUAAAUUGCCUGCAAACGUGUUCAGUCACAGCUCGCUUCGCAACCUGGUGCUGAAAAGCAACCAGCUGCCGGAAGCCGACCCAGCAUGGUUUUCUGGCAACAGCAGCCUUCUUUAUCUGGAUUUGUCCAGUAACCGUCUGACCAGCAUCUCGGCCGCUCUGCUUCGCAAACUGCCCCUUCUGCAGACCCUGGAUCUGGACGGUAACAGUCUUCAAGAGUUACACGCUGACGUGUUCAGGAACCUGCAUCACCUGGAGACGCUAAAUCUGGCUGGGAACAAAUUAAUAACCCUUAAACCUCAAUUAUUUGCUCAUAAUCUACAACUAAAAUACCUGUACCUGCAGGAGAAUCAGCUUCAGGAUCUGCCAGUGAACCUCCUACACAGACUUCAGAACCUUGAGCUUCUGCUGCUGAAUCAGAAUCAGCUUCGCCACCUCCCCGCAGGCCUGCUGGAUGGGGUUAAUCCCUCUGUGCAGAUAAUCCUGACGGGGAACCCCUGGGAGUGUGAUGGGAAGAUGGAGUACUUGUGGAAGUGGCUCACCAGCCAUCGGCAAAAUGUUCUCUUUGAGACGGAGGUGACUUGUGAUAACCCAAAGGCACUGAAAAAUCAGCAAGUGUCAUCUCUAACUGACAGUCAGCUUGGUGUAAGAUUACAAUGAAUGGUGCAGUGAGAAAAUGCAGAAAAGUAAACGUUUCACUUUUGUUCCCUCUUUUGGUUGCACGUCAAGUAAAUAAAUAAUGAUAAACAUUGCUGUGUUCUCCUGAGGUGUUUUCUUAAUUUCCAACAUUAAGGUGAAUCAGUUUACAAUGCCUUUGCAAACAUAUUCCGACUGUUUCACGUUUUGUUAUGCUGCAACAAAAACCGUCACUGUACUUUAUUUAGAUUCUAUGCAGUAGACAAAAAUGCUAAUCGUCAUUGUGAAGUGAAAGCUGUCUCCCCUGAGUCUGUGUAGAAAGAUUUUCCACCUGAGUUGCUGCCUCAAGUCUUUAGUGAAGUUUUCUCGAUCAGAGUUGCAUGUGCAGAGACUGAUGUGGUUCCAAAUUCUUUGCAAAACUGUUCUGGCCUAGUUUGAGUGUCUGUGAGCAAUUUUCAAGUCCUGGCACAAAUUAUCGAUUAAAUAUCUUGUAUUUUGUAAAAUGAAGCUCUGGUUUUACGAUUAGGGUUGUUGUCCUACAGGA